CGCGCCAGAUCUGUGCCUGGAGACCGUGAUUUCAACGUGCUCGCUAUUCAAGUCAUGGACUGCAGCGAGCGGGGGAACCAUUAGGAGCCGGUGGCAAAAAAAAAAAAAAACGCUUUAUUUGCAACACACGGAUGAUGAUGAUGCUGCUGCUGCUGCUGCCACACCACCCGGAUCGGACACAUUCUCCCUGACAAGGGGAAUUAUUAGUAAUAGCUGCGCUUAUGUAAUCGAUACACCGGAUUGCUUUGAAGGGGGGUACAAAUAGCAUCCCGUGGAUCUUUCCCCAUUCUACUUGAUAGAAAAAUACUGUAUUCCGCGUGCGAUUUUUUUGUAGAGCAGCCUAUGGCAACCCAUUUGUCCUGAUGCGACGCGUGUGAUGGUUGCAGUGGGACGGAUAUCCUUAAUUCUACCCAAUAGGCGUUCUCAGGGCUUUUUUUUGGUAGGACGCUUGCACCCCUUUUUGCGCUGACCUUAACAAUGCUUUAAAUGGGUAAUUAAUUGUCAUGUCGGUCCUCUGAUCUUGUUAAUUUUUUUUGAGUGAAUGAUCCGCGUGAAAAAAAUACAGCUUGACUCUCAAAUCCAAAAGAAUAAGUCCACUUUGGGGUUUUUUUUUUGCUCUAUGUGGGAUUUGAUUUAGCGAUCUUUCACAGAGGAAAACCACCGGUGGAAGUCAAUUUUGGACUGUGACUGGUUCUGGGGGAAAGAAGGGCCUAUACAGACUUGAUCCCCCAAUCAAAAAAACUCUGCAGGGUUUCCUCCUCCUCAGUCCAGAGGAAUAUCUUCAAGUCCAAAGGGGUUACUGCUGCUCCUCCGAGGGCUCUCAUCGGCGCUCAGUGGACAACCGAGGGGGAUGGUGGCCGCACCGCAGAUCCGCACAACUCUUUCUGAAUGUUUGGCAUUUUUCGCAGGCGAGCAUCUUGACUUGUGAUCGAGAGAGACGCGGACUGCAGCAGCCCUCCAAAAAAAAAAAAUCCCCUUUCACAUGGAGAUUUGUGCUUCGCUCGUGCUGCAAUUCUUGAAAACGGGGACCGGGGCCCUGCUGGUUUUUCCUCCACUGCUCUCAGCCUCGAUUUCAUUCAUUCGAAAAAAUGCAGAACACAAACAGCAGAUGAACUAUGAAUGCUGAACAAAAUGAUCUCCUCCCUCCAGCGCCAGACAAUGAGAGGUCGUAGGCUGAAGGGGGCGCUGUCCAACCCCCUCUUUGUGCUGCUUUUGGCCCUCCAGAUCCUGGUGGUGGCAGGACUGGUUCGCGCUCAGACCUGUCCUUCCGUCUGCUCAUGCAGCAAUCAGUUCAGCAAAGUCAUAUGCACCCGCCGCAGCCUGCGGGAUGUCCCGGAUGGCAUUUCCACAAACACUCGCUACCUGAACCUCCAGGACAACCUCAUCCAGGUCAUCAAGGUGGACAGUUUCAAACAUCUGCGGCAUCUGGAGAUCCUGCAGCUGAGCAAAAACCACAUCCGCAACAUUGAAAUUGGCGCCUUCAAUGGACUGGCCAGUCUCAACACCUUGGAGCUCUUUGAUAAUCGGCUUACGACAAUCCCCAAUGGAGCAUUUGAGUACUUGUCCAAGCUAAAGGAAUUGUGGCUACGGAACAACCCUAUCGAAAGUAUACCAUCUUAUGCCUUCAACCGGGUCCCUUCGCUCCGAAGGCUGGAUCUAGGUGAGCUCAAACGUCUCUCCUACAUUUCUGACGGAGCCUUCAAGGACUUGAGCAACUUGCGCUACCUGAACCUGGGAAUGUGCAACCUCAAGGAGAUACCCAACAUCUUACCCUUGGUCAGGCUUGAGGAGCUAGAAAUGUCAGGAAACCAGCUCUCCGUCAUCAAGCCCAGCUCAUUUUUAGGAUUAGUGAACCUCCAGAAGCUGUGGAUGAUGCACGCCCAGGUCCAAACUAUCGAGAGGAAUUCCUUCGAUGACCUUCAGUCACUGGUGGAGCUCAACCUGGCUCACAACAACCUUACCUUUCUACCACAUGACCUCUUCACGCCGUUACAUCGCCUGGAGCGGGUCCACCUCCACCACAACCCUUGGAACUGCAACUGUGAUAUCCUGUGGCUCAGCUGGUGGCUGAAGGAGACUGUACCUGCCAAUACCAGCUGCUGCGCCCGGUGCCAUUCUCCUGCAGUCUUUAAAGGUCGCUACAUUGGGGAAUUGGACCACAGCUACUUCCAGUGUGAUGUUCCCGUCAUUGUGGAGCCACCCAGUGACUUGAAUGUGACAGAGGGCAUGGCUGCGGAGCUUAAAUGUCGUACGAGCUCGCUGACAUCCAUCAGCUGGCUCACGCCAAAUGGCUCGUUGGUGACACACGGGGCUUAUAAGGUGCGUCUGUCUGUACUAAAUGAUGGGACAUUGAACUUUACAAGCGUCACAAUGCAGGACACUGGGACUUACACCUGUAUGGUUAGCAACACAGCUGGCAACAUUUCUGCCUCUGCUGUGCUUAAUGUCACUUCAGUGGAAAACAGUGGGGUGACCUAUUUUACCACAGUCACCGUUGAGACCAUUGAAACCCCAGGGGAUGAUAACCAAACUCCGCUUCCCCCAUUUGGCUGGGUGUCAACCUCGACGACAAGAGGUACUCCCGUUUUAACAAGGACCACAGAGCGGACUUACACAAUUCCAGUUCUUGAUCUGGAUGGAGAGGGAGCCCUCAAUGGCCUGGAUGAGGUGAUGAAAACCACCAAGAUUAUCAUCGGCUGCUUCGUGGCCAUCACGCUCAUGGCUGCUGUCCUGCUAGUCAUUUUCUACAAGAUGAGGAAGCAGCACAACCAGCAGGAUCCCGAUGGCCCCGCUUCCUCCAUGGAGGUCAUAACAGUUGAAGAAGAGCUUGCAGGUGUCGCUGCCAUGGAGAGGCACCUAUCUCUGCCCCCUCUCGAGCACUACAACCACUACAACACCUACAAGAGCUCCUACCACCACGGUCCUAUGCUCAGUAGCAUACACAGCUCAGCCACACAGGAACCUUUACUGAUUCAAGCCUGCUCAAAAGACAAUGUACAAGAGACCCAAAUCUGAUCUUGAAUUUGACUAAGCAUCCAGUAUCAGCAGUUUCAUACUUGGAGUACAAUGGACCAAAACCUGAAGAUAAAAAGGAGGCAAAAUUACAUUGACUUGACAAAGUUGAUGGCGUAAAUCAGCAUUUGGCAAAGGGACGACAUAUGAUACUUUAACAAGUGUCUUUACAAAAACAAAGAUUAUUUAUUAAAAGUAUGUCUAGUGGCUAAAUGAAGAAAAACAUUUUGUGAUAGCU